AACAAGGCCGACGCGCACGCGCCGCUGACUCCUCCCCCCACCCCACCCACCCUUCUCCGUCUUCUUCUUCCUCAGACCAACCGAGCCGACCCCGAUCCGGUCAAAAUCGAGACGACUCACUGCUUCCUCCGCCCUCCCGCCCCGACGAAGCCAUGGUGUGCGUGGCGUGCCUGAUCCCGCUCUUCCUCAUCCCCUUCGUCAACGCGCUCCCCUACCUCUUCGACCUCCUCCUCAGCAAGGUUUAUCGCAUGCUUGGAUGGGAAUACAGGAGGCCCGAGAGAGUCCCAGCUGCCUGCCCGUUCAAGCCUGCAGCAAACAAGACUGAAGGUGUGGCGGGUGAAUCAAAACCAGUAGCAAAUCCUCAUGUUGCAAGUGCAAAUCCUCUGGUGGAACCCCAGAGUGCUACCACAGAAAUGAAGAAAGAUGAUUAGAACAUGUAACGGUCGCCCGGUUUGACUUAUGUGAACAACUCUCACUAUUUGUAUUUGUGAUUGUGUCGUAACCGAGAAAUAAUUAAUGUAAGAUUGUAUAUUUGGGCAAGGGAUUGCUAAAAUAUUCCCGCGUUUCCGCUUUCAGCA